AUGGGUAUCUCCUCCGCCGGUUCCGGAUUAGGAACCUUGGUAUUCUCACCCCUUCUCAAUUGGCUGAUAUAUUUAUACUUCUGGGAUGGUGCGAUGAUGAUUUUAUCAGGAUUAGUCCUGAACUGUGUUGUCUUCAGUCUCCUGUACAGACCCAUCAACUUGAAGAAAUGGGACCCCUCUUCCGUUGGAGCGUGCGCAGCGGAAGAGAACAGGACGAACCUCGAACUCGCACGUGAAACAGAACGGGAUAACAGCAAGUCGAUUCUUGCAUCUAAUUCUGUAGGUGGAAAAUCGAAGUCUGUUAUUGAUGGUGAAACUUCAUCUGCUUCAAGAAAGGAAUCCACAGAAUUUAAUUCUGCAGAUGGAAAAUCGAAGUACGAUAUUUAUAUUGAAACCCCAUCUUCAGGAAAGGAAUCCAGAGAAUUUAAUUCCGCAGAUGGAAAAUUGAAGUAUGAUAUUGACAAUGGAGUUCAAUCUGCUUCAAGAAGGGAGUCCACGGAAUUUAAUUCUGCAGAUGAAUCAUCGAAGUCUGUUAUUGAUAACGAAACCCCAUCUGCUUCAAGGAAAGAAUCCACCGGAAAUACAGACAAUUUUUCUCCGUAUUCCAGUUUCAAUCCACAGACGUUAAGUGAUCCCGGAUUACUAGACAGACCUUGUGUGUUUUACCAUGGAAGCGUCAUAUGCAGUCAGGAUGAUGAAAGCAAAAUCGAACAGAAAGAUAAAAAGGCUUACGAACACUAUUGUCUCCCGGAAGUCGAAAGCGAAUAUGAACAGAAGAAAGAAAAGACUCACAAGCACUAUUAUCCGCCUGGAUUUAAAGCAGCUUGCGCUGAUAUGGUGGAUUUCUCUCUAUUGUAUGAUCCAGUUUUCCUGACUUUCGCUUUCGGAAAUUUCCUGAUGUUCAUCGGGAUACAUAUACCUUUCGUGUUCACAGCUCAGCGAGCUCUGGAAUACCACUUAGUGUCAAUGGAUCAAGCAAGUUAUCUGUUGUCUGUGAUUGGUAUAUCCAACACAGUUGGUCGACUGCUGUUUUGCUUUUUGUCAGACCAUAUCUCUUUCAGAAAACUCUACGUCUACAACGUCUGUGCAGCUGUGAACGGAAUUUCAACAAUCUUGAGUUCUUCUGCUACUCAGUACUAUCAUGUGAUACUUUAUUGUAUUGUGUUCGGCAUGAUGUUCGGUAAGUUUUUUUGA